UUUAUCCGAGUUUGGCUUUUAUCGUUGGUGCCAGAACAAUAGUUAUAAGGAACUAUUUUUUCAAGCGUAGUAGAGUGAACAUGUCGGCUUGAGGCAGGAGUGGCGUUGUGUCAGAGAACUCAUAUUUGCUCAGAAUGGACUUCCAGUCGGCCAUGGAAACUUUUGCAGAAGCAUGGGUCGCCGCUAACACACAGACGCCACUCACAGAGGCCGCGGAAGCACAGAGCCUGGCAGUGGUGCCCCCGAGCGCUGGCGUGGCUCCUCCUCCGACAGGCGGUGGAACGCCCUCCAGCGGGGGAGCUGGGGCGUCCGGGGUCGGGGGUCAGCCCGGUGCGCCCAGAGCCCCCUCUUCACCCCCGCCUUCGUCCCUGGCUGCCCACGGCUCGCCCGAGGAUCAGGACCGCAGCAGCAGCAGCUGUGAGGCGCUGGCUCCCACCAGGCCACCCCCUCCCUCACUGGCCGGCAAGACCCUGCCGGUGCACUGCGUGGUGGAGCGGGUGCCGAGCCCGCAGACGGACAGCCAGCAGCCGUCCGUCGAGGUGGACAGCUACGCGAUCGUGCCCAGCGCCGCCCUGUUCGCCGACCUGGUGCGCACCGCGCUCACCAAGCUCGGCUACUCGCCGUCGGAGGCCAUCUGCGCCAAAGGCGUGGUGCAGAUCAAGAACUGGAAGCCCCUGUCCUUCGACCAGAUCACCGAGCUGCCGGAGGCCACCGUGGGAGACAUGCUCAGCGACCUGGUGCAGGUGGCCACUCUCAGGAUACGCCUGUACAGCCGGCCCAAGCCCAACGUGGUGAACGACGUGAAGGAGAAGCUCCUUCAGGUGCUGCUGGCUCAGUCGCAUUCGCUGCUGCUGAGUUCUGGCUGCCCCAUCGACCAGACGACGCUAGCGGCUCUCAGCAAGGGCAAGGCCGAGUGGGAAAUCUCCGAGGACACACGCAAGAAGUUCGACCAGUGGUACCUGCACCAGGUGUUCCAGCACUGUCGCCAGGUGGCGCUUCUGCAGCACCAACUCCAGCAGCAGCACCUUCAACAACAGCAGAAGCACGCCUCUCCGGUGGUGCCACCGCCUCCCCGGCUUCUGCAGCUGAGCCUGUCCCAACCGCCUCUCCAGGCGCAGCCCCCGCCGCCUUCUUCCUCUUCUUCCGUCUCUAACGCUGCGCAACCCGUUAGCUUAAUCACCACGCCGCCACCAGCCGGAGCACCGCCCGGGACUCCACAGUCGCAGCAACAGCAGCAGCAGACCCAGCACCCGGUGUGUCUGCAACAGUCCCUGAGCGGCGGCGGCGGCGGCUGUUCCUCGUCGCGGACGCGCAUCCGCACCUCCUUCGACCCGGAGCUCGAGUUGCCCAAGCUGCACCGUUGGUUCGCGGAGAACCAGCACCCGUCGAGGCUCACCAUCCAGCAGUACGUGCGCGAGCUGAAUUCGCUGGACUCGCGUCGCGGACGCAAGCCCCUCGACGUGAACAACGUUGUGUACUGGUUCAAGAACGCGCGGGCGGCGCACAAGCGGGCCGAGCUCAAGCUCUCCUCCGGCGUCUCCACCGGCGCAACCUCAUUGGGUGCUGUGGGCGAGGGCGGCCCAGCGUCUUCGACGCUGAGCAACGGCUUCCUGCCUCCGCUGUGGAGCCCCGCCUGGGACUGCGGGAUGUACUCUACGCAGGACUCGGAUGACGGGUUUCGCCAGCACAGGAACAGCAACGGCUUCUCCUCGUCCGCCUCGGCGCUCGGCGGCGCCGGCGAAGCGGCGACCAUGAUGAUGCACGAGGACUCGUUCGAAGACGACGACGAUUCGCCGCCGCCAAGCCCCGAGGCGACGCUGGACCUGUCGGUGCGCGGCCGCAACGGUGUCCUGGUUAAGGAGGAGCCCCGGGACUCGCAAGGGAGCAGUGACAUGGAAGAGGACGAAGGCGGCGGGGGCGGCGGAGUGGCGGGCGGCGGCGACGAUACUCCCCAGGACAGCGACGACGACGAAUCGCGGUGCCAGAGCGGCGCGACGACGGCGUCCUCGGGGGCGACGUCGGGGUGUGCGGCGGCGCGCGUCGAUUCCCCGGGCGGGCUCCGCGACGAGCGCCGCAAGCGGAACCGGACCUUCAUCGACCCGGUGACCGAAGUGCCGCGCCUCGAGCGCUGGUUCGCGCUCAACACGCACCCUUCGCACGCGCAAAUCGUGCGCCACACGGACGAGCUGAACAGUGCGCCGUACAGGAAGCGGUUCCCGCGGCUCGAGCCCCGCAACGUGCAGUUCUGGUUCAAGAACCGCCGGGCCAAGUGCAAGCGGCUCGCCACCGCACAGCCACAGCGGCCUUCCUCCGCGUCGCCCAACCCAAAGUCGGCGACGGGAGGCUCCGGCGGCAUCGGUGGUGGCGAGACCGCUGCUUCUUCGGCGAGCGCGGCGAGCUCGCCCCGGGACGCGGGCGUCCGGUCGCCGCUGCCCCAGCAGGCGAGCGGCCAGUGACGCCGCAGGUCGCCGGGCGUGCUCGCCGUCGUGCGGGAGGACUCCUAGUCAGACUGCGGCUGGCCCCGCCCCCUCUACGCCGCGCGCGCAGUAACGCUCACCUGCUUGCUCGCUCUCUCUCUCUCACACACGCUCUGUCUCCCCCUCUCUCUCACGCUCGAUCGUUAGAACCAGCGGCUACCCGAUGUAGUUACGGGGUGGUGCUUAGGGCCACAUGCAAUCAAGCCUGUACCGAAUGUGAGAAAGGUCGCGUGGGAAGGUCCCGUUGGCCUACGGUCCACCGUCUGGUACCGCUGCUGCAAGGGUGUGUUCACACUGGAGUCGUCGGUCGCCGUGAACAUGGGCAUAGAACUUUAUGAAUCAGUUUACUCCAUGAUGGCAAGUUUGGUGGGUGAAGGCGGCUAAAGCAAGAAGCAUUUCCUUCAGAUUAAAUUUGAUUUUCCUUGGGGAAUACCAGUUUUAGCACUUGCCAUGCAGACUCUGGCGCUUCGCUUUUCUCUACUUCGUAGCUUGUUGCAAUGAUUUUGGCUUGCCCUGUCGUAAUGGCAACAAGUGUUCUCCGGUGGAGCCUUCUGAGAUUGGCAGGGCCACACAAUCCACUUGUUCUAGCUUUGCUAGCCUGUAAUGUUUGCUCAUUUCACAGACUUCCUUGAAUCACGGAGACUGAUUUAGAGUCCCAGAAUCUAUUGAUACCGACAUGCCUUUGUUAUGCUUCUACACCUCAGCUGUGAAUGCACCCUUAUUGUUUCCUUGUUACCUUGUAUUAGUUUUUAUUUACAUUCUGUGUAUAAUCGUUGUAGUGUACACACAGGCUGAUCAUCUAAGUGUGACCGAUUGCCCUCACAGCAAGUCUUUUGCCUGCAGCUUGGAUUCAUUAUUUAACGGUGAAAUUGUGCGUUUCUCCUUUAUUAUUGAUUUUUUGCCUUCCUCAGCUCUUUGAAGUGGCAAGUGUGGAAAGAAGGAAAAAGGGGGACUGAAGCCAAGUGAAACCUAUUUAGCAGUUAAAGCUUUCAUUUGUUGUAACAUAUAUAGCUAAUUUCUUGCUUGCCUUUUUUGGCACUAAAAUCGAGGGGUGAGGUAGAGGGGAGCCUUAAAUUUUUUAAUUUCAGCAUGUUAGUAAUGUUGACAUUGCAUGCAUCUAUCAUAUUUGCCUUCUGAAUGUCACCAACAUCGAUGCCAAUUUUACAUGGCUCGUAUAUUGUUUGCAAAUAGUGGCAGUCAGCUACCAAGUGCCAAGAUUAGCGCACUGACAGUUUGGUUUCCUUUAACCGAAACUGGCUCAGAGGACCCUAAGGUAGUAUUUUCAACUUAAUGGAUAUUGCUGCUUUGCUUCCUGUGUAAUGUGUAAUAUGCGUACAAAGCUCCUAUUUUAAGAGGAUAUUGUUGCACAUAACUGUAAUCAUAAGUUUUUAGGGGUGCUUUUAAUUUUGCCCUUAAGAAACAAGUUUGAUUGUGUCAUUUCAUAUUACUUUGUAAUGUUGUGCUGCCAGCUUUGUGACUGCAUGUUCUAGCUUUAACAACUCUGUCAUGACGCUCUCACUUUGCCCAGUAAUGCUUAAAAGAUGCACUUGGAUCUUGCAUAGGUUGCAUUAAUGUAACAGCCGUGGCACUCUACAAUCAAAAGCUAUGUUACUUUCAUUUGCUUGGUGUUUUUCCAUCAGCGUCGUAUUUCUUUCACGGUAACAGCAAUAAGCCUUUCCUCCUCUGUGAAUUUCUGCAGUGUUUGUCCACUCAGAUCUCCUUUGAUGGGAACUCUGUGAUGCAGUCUAUGCAAUUUGACGAAGGGUCAGAGGAAACAUAUUGACAUCUUGCAAUAAUUAAAAAAUGCCCAUAGAAAGAAACAGUAACCAUGUUACAGGCCUACAAGCUACUGUUACUUGUAUUCGGCAGUUGCAGCAGUCUCUGUUGAGGUGUCAUGCUCCCCUUUUAUGACAUGACGGUUUUAAGGCUCAAACUUGUCCCACUUUUGUGUUAGUUGUGCUUUGCAAUUUGGUGAGUUGGUGUGUGUUAUUGUAGCUUUCACUGUUGUCGGCUUCCGCUCACACUACUACCACAUCAUUGGCAGAUGUGUUUUCAUGGAAGCAGGAGAGCAAAGAUAGUGUCUUCUGUAUCAGGAUUUGUGUUAUGAGGCCAUCUUCUAACCUUCAUUUUGUAGCGAGCAUUAGGAGCUGAAAGGACUUCAUGUAUCCAUAUUAGUCUGUCAUAUAACUUUUAGUUCAGGUCCUAGUUUGAAGAUGUGGCUGCCUAGUGUUUGUUAUGGGCUGCAUAGUUCACAGGCGAGGAAGUAGUUUAAGCAUGUUGCACCUUGGUUUCAACGAGCAUGGCCAACUAGAUUUUAUGUGGGUUUAUGUUUGAGAGAGAGAGAGAGAAAGAAAUGGAUCACAUGGUUAAUUGUGGACCACCUCUUCUGAUGUCUGCAAAUAGAUGCCCGCUGUUCGAUUUUUCAGAGCAUGGCUAGUUCCUUCUAGGGGUGUGCAAUACAGAAGCAACACGCAUUGCAGCCUUAAUUUUUUUUUAUCGUCACUUUCAAAAUUUUAUUUGUGGGCAUAGAUUUCAUGUCUUCGUCCAUAAAUGUUGUCUGUGAAAAUAGUGAGGUGUGCCUGCUCACGGAGCUACGACUAACCAAUCACUGGCCUUCUUGUGUUCCUCAUAAAACUACUUGUUUCAA